AUGUUUCCUUCUAAUAAUCCUUCUGCUUCUUCUUCUACUACUGCUGCUACUUGCGUCACAGAUUCCGUUUGUGUCACUAGAUUAUUUGGCGAUGCCCCUUGUUCUGCUGUUGACGCCAGUUCUAAAAGUGCAAGUUGUGUUGUCGAUUCUGAUAUGGAUUGGCUUAGGUGGAAGAUCCAUCUAAUGCCGACCUCUAUACCUUUCCAGAAAACUUCGUCAUCCUGCCCAACCUAUCGAGAAGCCAGAACGGAGCUGACUAGGUACGACAAUGAGCUGCUUGAGACAGACACUCUGCCAAGUUUAAUGGAGACCAUAUUCCUCGAGUCUUUUGCUAGUCAUUUUGGAGAGAUUCAGAGUUGCCUGCAUAGACCUAAUAGAAAUGCUGAGGUGGAGUCCCAUAUGAAACUCGCAUAUUCCUCCACUCUUAAACGUCUGAUCGGCCUGGUAGGUACCGUUAUAUUUCGUAAUUAA